AUGGACAUUUACGGGCUGGAUGGCCGUCCAUUGCGGCAAUUGUGGAAGGCGGGCGCUCAGGCGUAUCGAAGGGUGGUAGCGGAAGAUCUCAGAAUUUUGGCAUACUCUAUGGGCGGAACACAAAUCUCGGUUAGUCAUAACUCGGUCAUCCACAUGAUUGAGGCUCAGGCACGCUAUCUCGGAAAACUGAUUACCGCGGUGAUUGAAGCCCGAUCGCAGGGGCGAACGUUGGCGUUGCGCAUACGGCCCGAUGUGCUUCAGGCAUACAACGAGCAACUGCAAAGCCUCUUGAGUAAGACCUCAUGGGCGGAUGCGCGAUGUAGCAGCUGGUACAAGACUGAGGACGGACGGAAUGUGCAUAGCUGGCCGAAGAAUGUGGGGCAGUAUCAAGCGGAGCUGGCGCAGGUACACUGGGGCGAUUUUAUCGUGGAAGGAAGCGCAUCAACAAGUGUUCAGAAACGAGCUGAUUGGGGUAAUGAUCGAAUACGAUGGUUCUGGAUGGGCUUGGCUGCGGUGGGAUUGAUGGUGGUGACAAUGACCAUGGGUGUAAGAAACGAGCGGGCGGAGGGUGUUUCAACUGCCAGUGGAGUUUAGCGAGGACGGUGGCGCGAUCGGCCAUGGGAAUCCAGUAAAUCAUGGAGCAACCAUUGAGUUUCAACUAAGAGACAAUAACCUGCAUUGCUCUUAGGUUCCUAGUGUUCGGGUUGCGAAGGUCUGAGCCAAAUGAUGACUGAUCG